CAGAGGUCACAUGACUUAUUUUCAGAGGCUGCACAGCUCAUUAUCAUUUGACUACCAGUCAGCAAGCCCUUUGUCAUCUGGCGUGGUUUUCUCGUGUGUUCCCGUCCCUGGAAACCAAGAAACAGUGCAUGGUUACACUAUUUGCAAAUGGUGUAACUUGGACUUGCAGAUAAAUCACACAUUGGUUGGUUUCUAUGUUUACACUGAAAGGAGUCACAUAUAACUGGAUGUCAUGUUCCGCCAACAUUUUCCCGGUUUCAAUGUUUACCAUUGUGUAUUGAACUAUGUCCAAUUUUCCUGGUUACCCACCACCAUUUAAUGCAUGGGACUCGUUUACAUCCACAAAUCGAAGUUCAUUUCCUCUUGGGAGCUUGCCUGUUCCAGGAUUUGCACCCGGUGUUUCUAGCUUUUCUGAUCCUGGAUAUUUUUCAAUUCGACCGGUAUUUUCAGAAUCAUUGUCAUUAGCUGCUGGUGUUUACAGACCUUUGCCUUCAAGAUAUUUACCAGGAAUUACCGAUUUACCAGUUCUUGGCUUAGAGCCUUUAUACGGGUUUGGUCCACAAGAGCCUAGAAGUCUUCUGCAUAGUCCAAACUUUGCAUUUUCGCAGAAUCCUUCACCUUUGACCUUUGAUCAAAUUUACAGAUCAUCAGGAGCAAGCUCUGUCUCUCCAGUGUCACAAUAUAGGAACCAGUUUGAUCAGCGAUAUCUAGGUGGACAUUUAGGUCUUCCUGGCCGUUAUAGUGAACCUCUUUGUGGACAUUCAUGCAUUUCAGCACUUAAAGAGCCUGCAGACAGUAAAGAAAAAUCUUUAAAUGCUAGUAAUAAACCUACAAAAGAAACUAAGUCUAGCUCUGGAAGUAUAAAAAGUUCAGGGGAAAAGCGUGCUAAACUCUGGAAUCCUUUUAUAUCAGACAGUAAAGAUUCAUUACCAAGUGAUAAAGCAGAUAUAAAAAGUGAUUCAAUAUUAAAAGACAAGAAAGAUCAGGAUAGUUCAAAGUCUGAGAAUGAUGCAAGCUUAAAUCCUUCAGUAGAAGUUGACAGUGAACAUGUGAAAAAAGAGGUAUCUGAUACAAAGAAACACCUCUACCCAGUUCGACCAAUUCCUGUAUUUUGCAAUCAUUAUUCUCCUCACCAUUAUGAUCAUUUUCAAACUCCUCAGUUACCUAGCCACUUGAUCAGUGCCAGUCCAAAACCAAGAGAAAGUACUGUUGAGCCAUUGAAGGAAAAUCUAUUGGACAAAGUUGAAAAUACUUAUGAACAAAACACUAAAGAAACUGUGAAUCAGGUAAACACUACUAGUGUGGUUGUAGAGAAGGAUUUGAAUCAAAACUGUGAAAUAGUGAAAAAUAGUAACCUCAUUUUUGAAGAAAAGUGUUCUCAAAAAAACGAAAACACGGAAGAAACGAAAGCUAAUUCUGAUGUAAUUUGUAGUGAAGUAGAAAUAAACUCUAAAUUAGAUAAAACUACCUUAAAAGGUCUUGAAAAUGAUAAUCUUCUAUCUAUAAGAGGAAAUUUACAAGCCCAUACAGAAACUGAAUCAAGUGAUAAUUCUCAGAAACAGAAUUCUACAGAUUCAGGUUCCUUUAAUAAUAAAAGAGAUUUUCAGUCAGAAUUCUCAAAUUUUAUUGCAAAGUCAGUGCCAUACACAACAGCUGUCCAUAUUAAUGUGGAUGAAUGUCUUCCAAGCUUAGAUAAUAGUGUAAAACAAUUGGACCAACUCGCUCAUUCUGUUGCUCCAAAUCUAUGCUCACCAAAGACUAAUGAGUCCAGGGUACAUGUGUCUGGAAAUACCAAACUAAAAAGUCCAUCUAGUAAAAAGGAGGAACUGUUACAGCUUAGCAUUCAAGUGAAUGAAGUGAGAAAGAGACGAAAUAGUAUCAAUAAAGACUCAAAUUCUGAUAAAGUUUUGUCCCCACCUAUUGAAGCUGCUCCAAAACCAAAGUCUUUGUGCUCAACUAGGCGUUUUUCUCACCCACCUACUAGACAGCCAGCUGGGUAUCGGAGAAAUAGAGCCAGGAUGGCUUCUGCAGAAGGUGCUAUCACAAUGAUGAAGAAUACAGAAGACUCUUUAAGUGCAUCCAUUUCAAGCUCUCAUUUGUCAGAGUCUGACUCAGAUACACAGAUGUCAAAUGAAAAUCCAGAAAAACUCUUUCGUGAAUCUCAACCAAUAAAUACUCAAUCUUCUUACUCGUCAAAUCAGAAUCUUGACCAGAACUAUAUGCCAUCUCUAAAUGUGGAUCAAAUGAGUCAUGACAAUCAAUAUUAUAAAACAAACAACCCUCAACUGUGCCAAAGUGAUGCAGAUAAUCAAAAACCCUACCCAUGUGUUCAAGAACAAAGUAUAUUCAACGAGAAGCCACCAGUCUUGCCCCCAUUCAGUUGCUAUUCUUCAAACCAAAAUGCUGAUGUCCUGCCAAGGGAACCAACCUUCCACUCUCAGGAAGAAAAUUCUAAUUUUCCACCAAGCCUAGGAGUGGAUUCUUCCAUGGAUUAUGAUGAAAAUUCAGUUAUGUCUGAUAAUACUCAGAUGCAACAGGAGUGUGAACCUCAACAACACAGCAUUUCACAAAACCAGGAGCCUGUAACAAAUAAAGACAGUAUGCUCCAUGGAACUAAUCAUACAUUGGGAAAUCCUGAUUCAUAUAUAAAUGACCCAGGUCAGUGGGAUUUCUUGCACUCAAAGCAGUACAUUGAAAAUAUUUAUGGCAACCAAAUCGGUUGUGAGAUAGUAAAAAGUGAAGAAGAAACAUUGCGUGAAUCUGAUUCGCCAAAAACUUUCCUUGACUUAGACACAACAACAAAAGAAAAACAGGCGACUGAAGAUCACAAGGGGAAAAUGUCUAAAGAAAUAUUACCGACAAAGCAUUAUGGAAAGUCUUAUAUAAGACAAGGGUAUGGUGGUGGUCCAAGACAUGCACCAAAUAUGUAUGGCAACCAGUCUAUGGAAAACUAUGGCAAUGGUAGUGGAAAUAGAUGGAAUAGUUUUAGUAGAGGAGAUGGAAUGAUGCGUAAUCAGUCCAGGCCUGUGGGAGAUAACUAUGGUGGGCAUUAUGAUCAAAAUCCUAGUCAAUAUCGUGGUAAUUAUCAUCAGAAUUAUUCACACGUGAAUCAAGGACAAAAUGGAGGUGGGCAGCCGGGUUACCAUGGAAAUGAGUAUAAUCAAAAUGACUAUUAUAAUCAAAACCAGUCAAUGAAAAACUAUCAGGGUAGCUAUAAUCCACGAUUUGAAAACAAUUAUUACCAAAACAAGGGAGGCAAUGAUUACAACUCACAAGGUAACAUUUAUCCCUCAAAUUCUGGGGAUAUGCAGGGAUCAGGGCGAUUUAGUAAUCAAGGCUUUAAUGGUGGUCAGGCGGGUUAUGGACAGCAUUAUAAUCAACCACCUUCAUCCCACAGUGGUUCAGAUGGCAUGGGACAGUAUCCAGAUAAUGCAAAUUUCAGUAUUCCACGUAAUGCUAGUCCCGCAAGUACAGGCUCAGACUUCAGCAACAUGGAAGCACCACCGCCAGGAAUAGUCAAGAAAAAACGAGGACGUAAACGCAAGGUCGACAAAGAACCACCAGAUGAAAACAAACCCAGGCCAAACACUGUUGUAAUGGCUCCUACAAAAAUCGGCCCGUUAAUAGACAUUGACAAUCCAGAAUGUACGAUUGACACAUACGAUUACAACAACCAAAUAGAGACUAUAUUUAAUUUCAAUAUCGAGGAUGAUCUGACUCCAAUCGGGGCUCAAUAUCUUCAAAUUGAACAACGGAUAUGUCAGAAAAUGAUGCCAAUUAAAUAUGGCUAUCCAGUAACUGUUGUUUACAGCCCAUUAACAUAUGCUUUCCAGACUCACAGGGACUUUGUAUCAAAAUACUGUACAUCCGAGCGUACUAUUCUCUUCCUUGGGAUGAAUCCAGGACCAUAUGGCAUGUCUCAAAAUGGGGUACCUUUUGGUGAAGUGAUGGCGACCAAGGACUGGUUAGGUAUCAAAGGGAAGGUGUACAAACCAGAGGUCGAACAUCCUAAAAAACCAGUGAAUGGUCUCGCAUGCAACAGAAAUGAGGUUAGUGGUGCAAGGUUUUGGGGGUUGUUUCAAAAGAUUUGCAAAGUACCGGCAAAUUUCUUCAAGAAUAGCUAUGUGUACAAUUUCUGUCCACUAGCAUACAUGUCGGAGUCCGGUAAGAAUAUUACACCACCUCAGCUUGUUCACUCGGAGCUUGAUCAGAUUAACGAGGCAUGUGAUGCGGGACUUGUAGAACUUGUCAAGCUUCUCAACAUACGCAUGGUCAUAGCGGUAGGGAAAUUUGUUCAGCAAAGAGCUUCAAAGGCGUUACAUAAUGCGGGUAUUAUGAACAUUAAGGUGGAGUGUAUACUACACCCUAGUCCCAUAAAUCCGCAUGCAAACAAAGGAUGGGAACAGAUUGUGGCAAAACAGCUGAUUGAGAUGAAUGUAAUGCAUUAUUUGAACAAUGAUGUAGAAGAUGUACAGAGAUGUAUAGAGGAAUGGGAGCGUAUAGCUCAAAGUAAUAUGAAAGUCCCCAUCGUGACCAAAGAGGAUUAUUAAUUUACAGAGGCCUAACUAGAUGUUUUAUUUGAAAAAUAGUCACUCAAGCCCAGUAAGAUGGCUUAUAUACAAAAUAUUGAAGAUUCACAUAUAUUAUAUAUAUUAGUGAGUUCUUAAUGUGAAAAUCCUACGUUUUGUAGUGUUUUUCUGUUAUAUAGAUGAUGUUUUUCCCACCUUAAAUUUUGUAGUAUUUUAAUAAAUCUUGUAAAUUUGACAUACAAUUGCAGUUAGUUAGAAGAAACAACAAAGAUAAUUAACUUUAAAUUAGAAAGGAUUCUGUUUUAUUCAUUUAUAAUAUAAUAGUUGAAAAGAAAUAUCCGAUUCACUGUGGUCAAGAUUGAGAUUAUCUGAAUUUUACUCAAAUUUGUAUAAAUUGUAGGGUAAUCUUUCUUUGAUAGGAUACAGAAACUUAAAAACAAACAUGCAUAAUUUUUGAGUUUGUUAAAACGAUUUGAAGUUCAUGAAAUCAAGAAAAUACGUUUCAGAUAUAAUCUUAACAGUGAGAGUAAUGACUCAUAUAAGAUUUGUUUGGAAAUGCUAAACAUAUAAUCAUGUUUUUAAUUGUAUACAUGAGCUUUUUCAGGAUCAAAGUAAGUUUGAACAAUUUCAAUGUAUAUGUAAACUUAAAUUGUUGUGCAGUAUUAACAAAAAAACAGAUUUUGUACAAAAUUAUUAUUUGACCAAUUUGUUCAGCAUUACUGAAGACACAGCUUUAUUGUUUUAUUAUGUUAGAUAUAGGACCAUAGAUUUUAUAGACCAUUAUGUCUAAUUAUAUGAUUUUUGAAUAUUUGUUUGAUGAAGUGGAGAAUUUUAUGUACAGUUAUAAAACCUCAUUGAAUUUAAUGGUAAAUAUUUGUUUUAUAUUUUCAUGUAAUGAUGUUUUUUGUCUCAAAAAAUAUGUCUUGAAAAAUUGUGUUUUUUCUGUGUGAGUGCAAUUUUACCUCCUUUUUUACAUAUUUGCAAAUGGCGAAUUAUUUUCUAAGGGAAGAAACUCUUGACAACUGAUUCUUUCUUUGUAAAUGUACUCCAAUUUUGGUGCAAUGUUGGUUGUGAAAUAACUGUUGUCUCUUGUAAGUUGUAUUGUCAUGUGUUUUGAUAGUCUCAUCAUUGCUUCAUAAAACCCUAGUGCUGUACACAACAGUCAUAGAUAUCAUUUAUUUUGGUUGUUAUGUUCAAUUUUGUAAAUAAAUCGUAUAUAUAUAUAUGUGUAUGCCAUCUUAAUUCAUUACCAUAUUUGUGAAUUUUGCAAUGUUUUAUACUGUAUACUUUGUAAUCUUAUUUGUUAAGUGCAUGAAUAUUAUUCUGAAGUAAUUUCAAUUUCUUGUUUCUACAUUUGUUAUAGAACGUUUUAUAAGGAAGGGGUUUAUACUUAAAGAUAUGGACAGGGUCUUGUGUAAAAAGUUUGUUUGCCGAAUCUAAAAAAGAAGAGCAUAUUCUUGCCAUGAAGAAAAAUUAAUCCAUUAAAUGGAUGUUUCCAUAUGUGUUAUAAAUAAACCUUUUGUUGAUUUUUGUUGAAAGUUUCUGUCUGAAAAUUGACUUCCCUGUGAAAAUGUGCUCAAUAAUCAAAAGUAGUUGGUUAGAAAUAUUUCUGAAGUUUUUGUAGAUAUUUUCAGUUUCUUCAGUAUACAUCUCUUUCUCCUUUUUAUAAAGGGAUGAUGAAUACUGUAUAAGCUACAUGUCGAGUGAAAAGUCGGGAAAUAUUUCUAACCAUGUAGUUGUAGUUAAUGUGUUUGUUUUGUACGUUUAUUUUUUUUUCUGAAAUAUUUUCUCUAUUGGGUGCUACAUACAAUAGUUGUUUAAAAGACUGAUUUGUUAGAGGAAAGUCUAGCCAAUUUUUUAAACUUCCUUAAAGUCAGGGUCAGACAUGAUUGUCUCUUGUUAAAAACAGGGUUAGAGAUUAUGUAACUUCAAUUUGACAACCAGUUUACAAAUUGUUGUCACAUUGGUAUAAAAUGGUCUUUGAAUUUAGUUUUGGUUUCUUUUAACUAUUAAAUUGACAUAUUUUACUGGACAUAUUGUUCAUUAAAGAGCAGAAUAAUUGUUAAAGCAUUUAUGAAAGUUCUCUAGUAACUAUGUUCUAAGCUAAACCUGCAUGUUUUGUUUCCAUUUUAUGUUUUGUUUUCUUGUAUAAUUAUUUUGAAAAAGAUAAUGUUUUAAAUAUUUCUGUUCUGUGACUGUUUAGUAUCUUAUAAUAACUUGAAGUAUAGUCUGAUUUUAUUUAGGAGUUUAUAAAUGUCUUUGUCUUGUUUAAUGUCGGAAAGGAUCAUAUACGGGUGGGUUGUGAAAUAAAGAGAUUUCCAAAGGAUAGAAAUAAUGAAAACUGUUAGCACAGUCAUAAUAUUGAAAGGUUAUGUAGAUAGGUUAAGAAAGGAAAAGAAAAAAAAAGAAAAAAUGUGUUGAUAGGGCUAUGAACUGUAAGCAUAUUUUAUCAGAUCAGAUAUAAGAUGAAUUAUCUUUCUAUGAAACAACAUUUUUAUCAAGAAAGGAAAUGAUUUUAAUGAACUAUUAAGCUUUACCUUGUGUUUUAAGAUAGCUAGAUUUUUUGUUUUUAUAUAAUCCUUUGCAUUCUCCAGUUUCCUAUCAUUUUAUACAUUCUUAUAAUAUUGUCUUUCAUUUCAUUACAUUACAAUUUUUAUGCA